CCGGGGUCCUCGCGCGGCUGGCAGAGGGGCCGGGCCGGAGCGGCGGCGGCGGCCGGCGGCUCCGGAGCGAAGAUGGCGGACGUGCUGAGCGUGCUGCGGCAGUACAACACGCAGAAGAAGGAGAUCGUGGUGAAGGGCGACGAGGUGAUCUUCGGCGAGUUCUCCUGGCCCAAGAACGUCAAGACCAACUAUGUCAUCUGGGGGACAGGGAAAGAGGGUCAACCCAGGGAAUACUACACUUUGGAUUCUAUCUUGUUCCUGCUUAAUAAUGUGCACCUUUCACAUCCUGUUUAUGUCCGCCGUGCUGCAACUGAAAACAUUCCUGUCGUAAGAAGACCUGAUAGGAAAGACUUGCUUGCGUACCUAAAUGGGGAAACAUCAACCUCCUCAAGUAUUGACAGAAGUGCUCCACUUGAAAUUGGUCUUCAACGGUCCACUCAAGUUAAAAGAGCAGCAGAUGAAAUAUUAGCAGAAGCAAAGAAACCAAGAAUAGAGGAUGAAGAGUGUGUGCGCCUUGACAAAGAGCGGUUGGCAGCUCGGUUGGAAGGACAUAAAGAAGGCAUCGUGCAAACAGAGCAGAUCAGGUCCUUGUCUGAAGCCAUGUCAGUGGAAAAAAUUGCUGCUAUCAAAGCAAAAAUCAUGGCAAAGAAAAGAUCAACUAUCAAAACUGAUCUGGAUGAUGACAUAACUGCUCUCAAACAGAGAAGCUUUGUUGAUGCUGAAGUGGAUGUAACCAGAGAUAUUGUCAGCAGGGAGAGGGUAUGGAGGACAAGAACUACAAUCUUACAAAGCACAGGCAAGAACUUUGCCAAGAAUAUUUUUGCAAUUCUUCAAUCAGUAAAAGCCAGAGAAGAAGGCCGAGCUCCUGAGCAAAGACCUGCACCAAAUACAGCACCAACGGAUCCCACUUUACGAAAUAAACAACCUAUUCCAGCUGCCUACAACAGAUACGAUCAGGAAAGAUUCAAAGGCAAAGAGGAAACGGAAGGUUUUAAAAUUGAUACUAUGGGCACCUAUCACGGAAUGACUCUGAAGUCUGUAACGGAAGGUGCUUCUGCUCGAAAAACACAAACUCCAGCAGCACAGCCUGUACCACGACCAGUUUCUCAGGCAAGACCACCUCCAAACCAGAAAAAAGGAUCUCGAACUCCCAUAAUCAUUAUUCCAGCAGCCACGACCUCUUUAAUAACGAUGCUUAAUGCAAAGGACCUUCUGCAAGAUCUGAAGUUUGUACCAUCAGAUGAAAAGAAGAAACAAGGCUGUCAACGAGAAAAUGAAACUCUAAUACAGAGAAGGAAGGACCAGAUGCAGCCUGGGGGAACUACAGUCAGCGUUACUGUACCUUAUCGAGUAGUAGACCAACCUCUGAAACUUAUGCCACAAGACUGGGAUCGUGUGGUGGCAGUGUUUGUACAGGGUCCUGCUUGGCAGUUCAAAGGUUGGCCUUGGCUCUUGCCGGAUGGAUCACCUGUUGAUAUCUUUGCAAAGAUUAAAGCUUUUCAUCUCAAAUAUGAUGAAGUACGUCUGGAUCCAAAUGUACAGAAAUGGGAUGUAACAGUGUUAGAACUAAGCUACCACAAAAGACACUUGGACAGGCCAGUAUUUCUACGCUUCUGGGAAACUUUGGACAGGUAUAUGGUAAAGCACAAAUCUCACUUGAGAUUCUGAAUUCUUCAGCUGCCAUGUAUUUCCUGAAGAAUGGAUUAAGAAAAAUGAAAGGGGCUCCAGUUUGGAGACUAGAGCUCGCACUAUGUGAUAAUCUGUCAAGAACUUUGCAAAUGAAGAAGGGUCACAGUUUAAACUUUUUAUAAAAUCUUGUUUGGAUGCUUCAUUCUAUGGCAGGUUGAUACCUGUUGUUAUUCAGAAGCAAAGGGGUUUUGCUUAAAACUAUUUUUUUAAUGUUGUUAGCCUUCUAGUCUGCAAUCCAAAUUGUAUAUUUUGAUAGCAGCUGUUUCUUCUCUGUUUUGUUAAAUUAGCCACAUUUUUAAAUAAUGUGUUUUGUUCCUUAUUAGAAAAUAGAUUUAUCUUCACUGCAGGUUACAGGUGUGUGUGCGCACGUGCGCACAUGUGUGUGUAUAUAUGUGUGUGUGUGUCUAUAUAUAUAAUGUAUAAAAAAAAUUAUAGACACACUUACGCGCACAUAGAUGUUACAAGGCUUUCUAAACCACUUAGCUUCUGAGCUUAGUUUUGGUUUUCUUUGCUUACUGUUUCACUUACUGAAAAUAUUUUGUUGUGAAUGAUAUUACAUUUUAGUCAAUAGACUUGCAAACUGAGCAAAGUGAAAAAUGUUUUGGAUAAAUCAAAAUGUCAACCUGUAUAUGUAUAUUCUGUCAGUCUUUGUUGAAAAAGGGAAGAUGAAAAAUCUAGAAACAUUUUUUUUUGGAUUUGUAAUGUCCCAGUUUACUAAAUCUUUAAACUUUAUUAUAGGAAUAUCUUCAAGUCAUGUUAACUUUAAAUUGCCAUUCUCCACACAGGUCUCUUUAUUUAAACUGAAAGUGUGCAUGUGUACAUUCCCAUCUAUCAAAAUACCUUUACAUACGAGUCUAAAUGUUACCUAGAUUAAACAAUGAAUAGAGAAGGUUUGGAUUUUUUUUUUCCUGAAAAUGCCACCACAAGCAAUGAGUAAUUUUAACUUUUUUGCAUUUAAACCUCUAAUACUAUUUUCUUGUGGCAAAAGUAGCCCAGACUGUGUCUACAGGGGUUGUAGUUUCCUGAGAUAAAUGGCUAAUAUGGCCUCCUAACAGGCCUGCAUUGGAAUGGAAAAUGAGCCUACUCCAGUUACCAAAGAACAGAUUUGCUUGAUCUACAGUAUGAGUAUAAUGGAGGCCAGAAGACCCUGGUAUUUAUAUGAAUUUAUGGUAUCUCUGUAUCUAUAUAAUAACAUGAAGUUGAUGUUGCAUACCAGUGGAUGUAGAGAAUGAUCAAAUACUGUAACACCCGCAUGAAUUGUUUUCUGGGAUAGAAAAUACAUGUUUAUAUUCCUGUUCUUGAAAUUCCAAACUAUGUUUUUUUAAUAUACUUUACAUUUAAGGUUUGACGAAAGUAAAAUGUUCUACCUGUUCUUCUUUAGUUUUGCUUUUUAUUUGAUGUUACCUUCAUUUUUAAUAAAACCAGAAGGCACAUCUCCUUAAGAGGUUUUUAAAACUGUCUUAAAUUUAAGAGGGCUGUGAGGUCUGACUUCUAAUUAUGUGUUUCCAUCCCUGCUAUAUCGAGACUACUGUUUAUAAAUGGUCUUAAUGGAAAUGUUAAAAAGACGAAAAAAACCCACCAAACACAAA